AUGGCGUCUCAGGAAGUUCAGAACUUCUUCCAGCCUCUCUCUUCCUGGAUAUCUCGGGUUUAUGAAGCUCUCCAGCAAGCAGGAGAUACACUAUCUGCUUCGCUGGUUAACUUGAGCAAACAAGACUCUAAAUUGAGUGACAAGCUAGACCAGGACUUAGAUGAUAUUCAGAUUCAGGAAACUUACUUUGAAGAUGAAGAACAAGGCAAUGAUUGGAGUCAAGAAGAUGCAAAUUCUUUGUUUCUUGAAGUGGAUCAUUUUUCCUGUUGUAAUAGUGAUUUGCAGGACUCUCCCCAAAGUGCAAGCCCCAGACUUAGCCGACAUGCAAAUGCAAAGGACUCAUGUUCCAUAAUGUCCCAGUGGCCCAAUCAGACCCUUGAUGACCAAAAGCCACCACAUGUGCUUUCUUCUAUUGCUGAGGAAGAACAUCACCUUGAAAAGCAAAGGAGUGGCCUUCAACACAGCUUUGACAGCCAGCUCUCUGGUGUUUUAGAAAAUGUUAAUGGACAAAAGCAAGUUAACAGCUUUGGAGGUGAUGAAGAGCCGUGCACAUCUUCUGACAGUGACGAGGAGGUGAUCAAACAAUUUGAGAUUUCUGUGUCCCGGUUCCAGAGUUUCCGUUCAGGAGCAUCUAAGAAAGGAAAGCAGACGGGAUUGGAGCAGAAACCAAAAUUUGGCCGCUUGCUCUCUCCCCACGAAGAGGAUGGCACAGGGGUGUCUGCCUGUGAAGACUUGGAUGGAACCAGCCAACUGAAUUAUUCUGAGAAUCCGUCUCCUGGUGAAGAUGACCCUAGCUCUGCCCACUCACAGUCCCCAUGUGAGGUGGGGGAUACCAGGCACCAUGGUGCAUCUCCCCAGGAGACCAGUGUGGUCCACAGCGUCAGUCGCCAGUCCACUCAGGGCAGCUUGGAGACGGAGACAGCUUUCAAGAACCGGGGAUUUGGAGACUCCUAUGCCACUGACAACUCUUCCAUGUGGAGUCCAGAGGAACAGGAUGGGACCAAUUUUCAGGUGCCAUCUGGGGUCCCAGAGCCCAUCUCAAAAUGUGGCGACCUGGAUGUCAUCUUUGAAUAUAGAGCUGCCAGCCAGAAGCUCACAGUGACCAUUGUGAGAGCACAGGGCCUCCCGGAUAAGGACCGAAGCGGCGUCAACUCCUGGCAAGUUCAUGUAGUGCUGCUACCCAGUAAGAAACAGAGGGGCAGGACAAGCAUACAGCGAGGGCCCAGCCCUGUCUUCAAGGAGAAGGUUACCUUCACCAGGCUGGAGGCCAGAGAUGUGGCUACCUGUGCUGUCCGCUUCCGCCUGUACGCUGCCCGCAAGAUGACCCGUGAGAGAAUGAUGGGAGAGAAGCUGUUCUAUCUCAGUCACCUGCACCCAGAAGGGGAGAUGAAAGUGACUCUGGUCCUGGAGCCAAGAAGUAAUAUCAGUAGUGGAGAGUCUCCGCUCAGCCCAUCUGCAGUGUCUCACAGCGACAGUGCUUCAUCCACACAGUCGCUGGCUCAUGGAGGGGUGCCAGAGCUGCUGGUGGGGCUGUCCUACAACGCCACAACGGGGCGAUUAUCUGUGGAAAUGAUCAAAGGCAGCCAUUUCCGAAACCUCGCUGUUAACAGAGCACCGGAUACAUAUGGAAAGCUCUUUCUCCUCAAUUCUGUGGGUCAAGAGAUGUCACGCUGCAAGACAUCCAUUCGACGUGGUCAGCCCAGUCCUGUCUAUAAGGAGACCUUUGUUUUCCAGGUGGCCCUCUUUCAGCUCUCUGAUGUCACGUUGAUGAUUUCCAUUUAUAAUAGGCGUACUAUGAAGCGUAAAGAGAUGAUUGGUUGGAUUGCUCUGGGCCAGAACAGUAGUGGAGAGGAGGAACAAGACCACUGGGAGGAGAUGAAGGAGGCCAAAGGUCAGCAGGUCUGCAGGUGGCACACCUUGCUCGAGUCCUAGGUUUGCCAACGGGCAUUUGUGUGCUACAUCCACCCUGGUGACCCGUGUUACGACCACUGGUACCAACUGAGCGCAUGCUGGCAGGCUUUGUAAAGACAGGCUUUCAAUAGCGAUUGGAUUCUACUAACCCCUAGGAUAUUCUGGGAGUGGGGGGAUCUUUGGGUUUCUCAAAGGUUUGAUUUGGAUUUAAGUAUUGUAAUUUUUAAAAAUCCUAAAUAAUCAGUCAACUAUAUGGAAAAUGUUAACGUAGUUGCAAGCAGUGAUGAUGUGUUAAUUUGUGUUAAUAGCUUAUUGAGUUUUGGUUCAGGCUAUGGAAUGAAGCUUCUGCUGUCUCUGUUUGCUUGAAGAGUAACCUGAGAUUGCAAGAGAGCUGUUAAAUGUUACUAUUUGCAACCACUUAUGAGUAUGAAUCAGAAUUUUCUUAAUAUGGUGCGAAAAACUCCAAAACACAGAAAUGAGUCAGAUGCCGAGGCUCAUAGAAGAAUGUAACUGUCAUCCAUAAUCCCCUAUUUCACAUUUUUCCCUUUAUCAAAAAAAAAAAAAAAACCACCCUCAUUUAUUUACCUAACAAAUAAAUGUUAUAAACUUGCACUUAGAAAACAAAUUUGUAUUAAUUAAAUACCUCUUUUUAUCUCAUUUAUAUAUUGUGGUUUACUAUGAGAUUUGGUUAGAUGAAUCAUUUUGAAGCUGAAAAAAGAGUUCAAAAACUACUUGUCUCCUUUUGACUGUGUAGGAUUUUCCAGCUUACAACUUUCAAGGUUUUUAUGCUGUUUUUCUCACCUAAUAAAUUCCUACAGAAUGAGAAAAGCAAAACC